AGCAGAAUCAAUCUGGGUACCUCUGUCCACCUGUUCCUGGUGCGCAGACCCUGCCGUUGAGCAAUUCAGCUCAGGGCCUGAUUCAAAUGGAUCCUGUGCACGCACCACCACAACGAUUCCCAAUCAGCACUACCCCCGGGCCCUUUUUCACUGAUGAACCAUUCAAUGCGCCUCGAGAACAUAUCUCCCGCCGUUACCGCGGAUCCGGGGGAGCCUGUGGAUCCGCCGGCACCGGAUCCUCAGCUUCCUCUUCCGCUUUCCCCGCUGGCGGCGCAGAGUGUGGAGAUUGUUGCACCGAGUUUACCAGCGGUGACCGGUGGCACUAUGAACCCGAUUCCGACACUUUUCGACGCCACAGGCCUGGCGCCAUCUGGUCUGGCUGGAAGAGGCUCGGAGGCCAGCAUUGGCGAAGGAGCCAGCAUAGAGCUUUGCCAUACGUUGCCAUCGUCUUGUCAAGCCGUACCAGUUCGUAGCGGGGCGGCUGAUCAGAAACAGGCCCCAGGUCACUCGCCAUCCAUAUCACCAGCACGCAAAAGGCCCGUUAUAAUUACAUUAAAGAGCCCGAAACGAUCCCUAGUCGUUGCCGACGUCUCUUGCUGCUUAAAGCCUGGAAACGUCCCAGACACCAGUCCAAGCAAGAAGCGUACAGUACAGCAACUAGUAACCGUGCCCCGCGCGCCACUGCUAACCAAAGAUGAGGAAAGCCGUCGUGACCAGUGUAGGACGUUGAGCGUCCCGGCGGUCGGGUGCCGUUCCGAACAACAGACGAAUUUCCUGCCGCAGUAUUCGCCGGUUUCGGUCGUCGAAGAUGUUGUAAAUCAUCGGGCGCCUACCAGUCAAUCACAGCAUUCGCAGGAGAUUCCGUCAGCACCGACGCAGAACCGGCAGCCCAACUCCAGGUUGUCGAUGGAAAGCGAUGCCGAUGAUUACCCAAUCGGCAUAGAGUGUCCCAAAGUGAAUGAGUUUUCACCAGGUGAAGACUGCAGCGCUACUGCCAGUCCUGUCCCCGCCCAGGGCAAGUCCUCCUUCUCGAACCGGUGCUCUGCAUCUACAGCUGAAGACAAAAAGCGUUCCACAUCGACUACGGCUGUUUUUGUACAGAAGAAACGCUGUCAGUUAUGGCGUGAUGCCAUGAAAAGAGAGAUGGCCAGACAAGCAAUUCCGUCUGACCUCGUGCAAACAAUCCCAGUCUGUUUUGACUGCUACGAGACCGGUCAGCCGAAACGUACCAAGCAUCGAAACAAAGCAAAGAAGGAUUGCCGCUUCAAUAACGCUCGUCUGCGAUGCAUCCGCCUUACGAAAGACACGCCAUCCGAGUCCGACGCAGCAAUAAUUCCGGCUGCUAAGCUGGAUUUGGUAAAUGAUGGCGACAUUAAAGACUGUUACGUUGCCGAAGAGGGACGUUUGUGGUUUUCCGAUACGUUAAGUGCCUUACUGGGAUGUCACGGAUCGAACGGACGACGGCUACGCAGUGUGCCAAACGCACCGCGCGCUUCGCCGGAAGAAGCAUCAUAUGUGCUGUCAAAAGUAGGCACUAUUUUGUUAGACUUACUGAACCAGCACGAGAGUAUUCUGGCAAAGCACGCUGCGCCUGAUGACGGCGGCCCCGCCGUAAAGAGCAUUCCCUUCGGAAUGACUGAAAGCUGUGACGUUUGCCUGGCUUGCUUGUUCAAUGCGCAUUUUGUGUGCUUGCAUUGCGGAUAUUGUGUGUGUCCAGAGUGCUACUCCGAGUUUGCUGUGCUUAACCGGAGUGAGGCGGAAGAAGCGCCAGCCGGCGGCAGCAUCCCCCGCGGAGAAGUUCUGGGUGUUCCAUGCGAUAAUCGGGGAUGGCAUCUAUGUCCGACAAAACCUGCCGGAAGCACCCUGCCCAAAUCUAGCCGCUCAGUCGGUGGACAGUCGGAUCACCAUCUUCUGCCAACGCGUAUAAUUCCACUGGAAGCUGUUCGAAUGGUGCAGAGUGGGAUUACUCAGUUUUUGGCGCUGUCUGCCGACGGAUCGGUUGCGAAUAGUGGCGAAAGCAUUGACUGGGAACAACGUGAUUUUCUAUGUAACGGCCAGGUUCUGUUGUUGCAAUCUCCUAACGGAAUCGACACUGAAGCCUUUCGUGCCCAUUGGUCGAAAGGCCUUCCGGUGGUUAUCGCCGGAGUUGGACAAUCACUCACAGAUCCGAAGGUUUCUUCGCAGGGCAUAUGGCAGCCCUCUUGGUUUGCUGCCAAAUUUGGAGAAGAAAAAGUAGAUUUAAUUGACUGUGGGGCCAAACCACAUCAGCGGAUCACAGGGAAAAAACACAUGGAUUUUUGGAAAGGCUUUUCCGCAACUGAAGGUAAAAUCAAUUUCCUGUGA